CUUCGAGGUUUUGUCCGUCAUGCCUCUGCCGCGACGUCGCUCCUCCAUUUUAGGACAGUCAUCGUCCGAGCGUCCGAGCGCCGCGUGCAGCAGGGUCACUCCGGGUGGCGCCGCAUCCCGGGGUGUCUUUGUCGGCACCGCCUCCCCCAUGGCGCCCAGCCUGGGCACACGGGUGUCCCGCAGGGCUCUGGGUAUCAGCAGUGUCUUCCUGCAGGGGAUGAGGACCAGCGCGGUGCCGGUUGUUCCCCGGGCAGGAGAGCGGACCGGACAGGGUGCUGUGGGAGGAGGGGGGCCAGGGCUGGGCCUGAAUACCUGCCUGAUGGAGUACCGUGACAAAGUGCGAGCACUGGAGCAGCUCAACCAGCAGCUGGAGGAGCAGAUCCGACUGAGCUUGGACCGCAAGGCGUCCAGCGCCGGCGCCUGGGGUCCGCUCAGGCAGGACUGGGAGGACGUCUACAGACAGGUGAGUGAGGCCAUCUUGGACAACGCUCGGCUGAUGCUGCAGACUGAGAACGUCCAGGCCAAUGCAGAGGACUUCAAGGAAAGAUAUGACAAUGAGCAGCCCUUCAGGAAGGCAGUGGAGGAGGAGAUUGGCUCGCUCUACAAGGUCAUUGAGGACGCCAACCUGACGAGGGUGGAGCUUGAGCAGCAGAUGGACGACAUGCGAGCAGAACUUGGACAACUGGAGCGCAACCACGAGCAGGACGUUCGUCUCCUCUACAGUCAGAUGUGUGGACGUGAAGUGGAUCAGCCAGAUGCCCCCAUUGAAACUAGUCUGGACCAGAUCCUGGACUAUAUCCGCAACCACUGGGAGAAGGCGACAGAGAGGAACCGAGCUGAGACAGACAGCUACCUGGAAUGCAAGGACGCAAAGUGUGUGAGCCAGCUCAGUCCAGAAGAGGAGGAGCUGGAGGCACUGAAGGUCGAAUGCUCCGAUGCUGGCUGCAGAAUCCAAAGUCUGCAAGCAGAGACUGAAUCCAUUCGAGCUCUGAAGCGUGGCCUGGAGAACUCACUAGGCGAUGCCCACCACUGGCAUGACAUGGAGCUUCAGAACCUGGGCUCUGUGGUGUCCAAGCUGGAGGCGGAGCUUGCAGAUGUGCGCGGCGAGACGGAGCAGCAGCGCAGAGACUACGAUGCCCUGCUGAGCAACAAGCAGCGUUUGGAGCACGAGAUCCGACUCUAUCAUGGCAUCCUGGAUGGAGAGGAGCGCCGCUUCCAGCCCACAGAGCCACUGGACUCUGAUCUUUUGGAGCUUGACCAACCAUCCAGGAUUCCCACCUCUUCAGACCCCAGCGCCCCUGCUCCAGGACCUACAAUUGGGACCUGCAGUCAACUGGGUGCCAGUUAAGCCAAUAACUGCAUGCUGUGGAGUCAUGUGAUUAGAUUUUUACUUCCUGGAGGAGACAAUAAAAAAAAAAAAAAGUCUUUCUUUCAAA